AUGGCGUCGUCAUGCAAGAGCUUGAAGGAGGAGCUUGUGGCCUGCCUCAAGAUAAGCCCCUGCAUGCAGGACAAGGAGAAGACCUUCCACGAGUGCCUCAAAUCAAAAGAUGAAGAUGAGAUUGGCACGGGCUACUUUGAGUGCAAGCGAGGCCAGUUGGACAUGCGGAAGCGAUUCAAGGGGAAUGUAGAUUUCAUUCGCAAGAGUCCCACGCAAGCACCAGCUCAGCCGCCAGCUGCCGGUGGCCGAAGCUGA